GGGGGGGCAGGGGGGACGCACACAGAGGACCGAGGGGGACACAGGCAGGAGAAGGAGGGAUAAGACCCCCUGUCCACGACCACCGACCUGCCCCGGGAACAAAGGAGGGAAGAUUUGGAAGAAACUUUCAGCUGGUGCUUUUUUUUUCUAUACAACAGAACAGAAUCGUCUUUUUCGCUAUUCUGGUUUUUAAUCACUCUGGAUUUAUAACAAGUUCUCCAAAGGAUUCCUCUGUGUCCCAACAAGUAACUCUCCACCCCCACCCCCCACCCCCCCAGAACAUUGGAUUUACGGGACCCUGUCCCAAUGAUGCUGUCCAAUGGCACCAUCCUCAACACCAGCAAUCCCAAUACGGACACAGACGUCAUCCAAACGCACAAGGGAAAAGACGACGCUAGUGAUCAGAAGAGUAAGGACGAGAAGGAUGUUGGGGCGUCUGUGAAGAAAGUUGGGCGCCCAGGCAGGAGACGCCGGGUUGACGCGGUGGAAAGCGUCAAUGCAUCCAAAGACAUCACCUCAGUCCCUAAGUGCCACUUGUCCUCAAACACCGGCCGCCCGGAUCCCGUACACAACGGAGAAGUGGAGGCAGCCGGCACACAGCUAAAGCCCGAGACGCCCACUCCCGAGAGAGUCAGCCCCGAGCGUGCCCACAGGGACCGGAAGAAGUGCGACCACGCACAGGAUGGCCCGAAGGAUGGGGAGAUCGCGCUAGAGAAUGGCCGCUGCGUGACGAGCGACGGGGAGGACACGGACGAGGGCGACACCCUGAUUAUCUCCACUCCGAAAAAGAGAGGGCGGAGGAGUCUGUCGGACAGCGCAGAGAAAAAUAAAGAAGAAGAGAAGGAGGACGAGGACUCGGGAUCUCCCAAAUCAGAGGGAUACCGAAGCCGGUUACGUGGAGGGUUGGGCUGGGAGACCGGUCUGCGUCAGAGGCCCGUGCCGAGGCUGCCUUUCCAGGCUGGGGACCCAUAUUACGUCAGCAAGAGGAAGAGAGAUGAGUGGCUGGCCAGAUGGAAGAAGGAGGCUGAAAAGAAACAGCAGCUGGUCGCUGUCAUAAACGCCAUGGAAGAAACUGUGUCGUCACGGGACCCUCAGAAAGAAGAGGAGCCCACUCCGCCUGCCUCUCAGCAGCCCACGGACCCUGCCUCACCCACUGUGGCCACCACUCCCGAGCCUGUGGUGGCCGAUGCCGUGGAGAAGACUGCCUCAAAGUCAGCUGAGGAUGAGGCAGAGUAUGAGGACGGCCGCGGCUUUGGCAUUGGGGAGCUGGUUUGGGGCAAGCUGCGUGGGUUCUCCUGGUGGCCUGGUCGCAUCGUCUCAUGGUGGAUGACCGGAAGGAGCCGGGCAGCAGAAGGGACGCGCUGGGUGAUGUGGUUUGGAGACGGCAAGUUUUCAGUGGUCUGCGUGGAGAAGCUGAUGUCACUGAGUUCCUUUGCAAACACUUUCCACCAGGCAACGUACAGCAAACAGCCCAUGUACAGGAAAGCCAUUUACGAGGUCCUACAGGUGGCCAGCACCCGAGCCAGAAAAGUUUUCCCCUCAUGCCCUGAGAACGAUGAGACCGAUUCCUCCAAAUCUAUAGAUAUCCAGAACAAGCAGAUGAUAGAGUGGGCCUUGGGCGGGUUCCAGCCAUCGGGACCCAAGGGCCUGGAUCCCCCUGAAGAGGAACGCAACCCAUACAAAGAGGUCUACACAGAGAUUUGGGUAGAACCGGAAGCCGCCGCUUAUGCCCCGCCCCCUCCUGCCAAGAAACCCCGAAAAAGCACAGAAAAGCCGAAGGUGAAGGAGAUCAUUGACGAGCGCACGCGAGAGAGGCUGAUCUUUGAAGUAAGAGAGAAGUGCCGGAACAUUGAAGAUAUUUGCAUCUCCUGUGGCAGUCUAAAUGUUUCUCUGGAACACCCCCUGUUUAAUGGGGGAAUGUGCCAAAACUGCAAGAACUGCUUCCUAGAGUGUGCAUACCAGUACGACGACGAUGGAUACCAGUCCUACUGCACCAUCUGCUGCGGAGGGCGGGAGGUGCUAAUGUGUGGCAACAACAACUGCUGCAGGUGUUUCUGUGUGGAAUGUGUGGACUUGUUGGUGGGACCAGGUGCGGCGCAGGCAGCUAUAAAAGAAGACCCCUGGAACUGCUACAUGUGUGGGCACAAGGGCAUCUACGGGUUGCUGCGGAGGCGAGAUGACUGGCCCGCUCGCCUGCAGCUCUUCUUCGCCAAUAACCAUGACCAAGAGUUUGACCCACCAAAGUUUUAUCCGCCUAUUGUAGCUGAGAAGCGGAAGCCUAUCCGAGUACUGUCUUUGUUUGACGGCAUUGCAACAGGUCUAUUGGUGCUAAAGGAUCUUGGGAUCCAGGUAGACCGGUACAUUGCCUCCGAGGUGUGUGAAGACUCCAUCACUGUGGGAAUGGUGCGACAUCAGGGCAAGAUUAUGUAUGUCGGAGACGUGCGCAACAUCACCCGCAGACAUAUUCAUGAGUGGGGCCCCUUCGACCUAGUGAUUGGGGGAAGUCCGUGCAAUGAUCUUUCCAUCGUGAACCCAGCCCGGAAAGGUCUCUUUGAGGGCACGGGCCGGCUCUUUUUCGAGUUCUACCGUUUGCUCCAUGAAGCUCGACCAAAGGAAGGUGAUGACCGGCCAUUCUUCUGGCUGUUUGAGAAUGUGGUGGCCAUGGGCGUUAGUGAUAAAAGGGACAUAUCCCGUUUCCUAGAGUCAAACCCGGUGAUGAUCGACGCCAGGGAGGUGUCUGCAGCGCACAGAGCCCGCUACUUCUGGGGUAACCUUCCCGGUAUGAACAGGUUGGUGAGAGCAUGGCCUCUGGCAUCUACUGUAAAUGACAGGCUGGAUUUACAAGACUGCCUGGAACACGGAAGGAUAGCAAAGUUUAGCAAAGUCCGAACCAUCACCACUAGGUCUAACUCCAUCAAACAGGGCAAGGACCAGCAUUUCCCGGUCUUCAUGAAUGAGAAGGAGGACAUCUUGUGGUGCACGGAGAUGGAGCGGGUGUUCGGAUUCCCAGUCCACUACACAGAUGUCUCCAACAUGAGCCGCUUGGCCAGGCAAAGGCUUCUGGGAAGAUCCUGGAGCGUCCCGGUCAUCCGUCACCUCUUCGCCCCCCUAAAGGAAUAUUUUGCCUGUGUUUAACUCAUGAGGCAAAAGGAACCUGAGGCCGAUCGCCCAACCUUCCAGCUACCCAGAGCCUGCAGCGCCUCACUGCACCUCUCAUUUCCACCCAGGGAAGAAGGAAAGUAGAAGAGUUUUCAGUAGGAAAAGAAGAAGAAACCUGGUGGAAAUGAACCAGCAGCGCCUAGGAGCCAGCUGGGGGCAUCUGAGGUCCGAGCAGACACUUCUACGUAAUUCUCCUUCCAUGUUACACUCUCCUUUGCAUAUGUCUACAUGUCUCAUUUUAUUUUUUUAAGUUUUUACCUUGACGUUUUUUGUAGAGGGAGGUGGGACCUUUUAGAACCUCCCGACCCGGGUUUUAGUAAACUAUAAGUCAACGGGUCUUUCGAGAGGUUCAUCCUGAGGAGGAGAUGUCUCCGCAGGGUGUGCUCUCAAGUUUUAAAUUUUUAGUCCAGUUUAGAGUCGGUGUUCCCCUCUUGCUGAAAGGCUUAGUCCCCGGUUAGUUUUAUGGGUCUUUUAAUCUGCUCCUCUGCUGGGGAGUGGCUGAAAAUUUUCGGUUGCGGUUAUCCAAUAUUGUGCACGUGUUGCAGAGAGACUGAGGGUAACCUACAGGCAGAGGUAGCAGCACAAGGGAGGAGAUAUAUUCCGUACGUCUCCUGUCAUAGCACACCGAGGCCCGCGUCUGCUAAGUGGUGCUAUUCUGUUAGCCACCUCCAGGGGGUGACUUACCCAGAGUGCCAUGCCGCUUGGCAGACGCUGCGGCCCGAUAUACCGUUAUAAGGUGUCCGUAUCUCUCUUGCUUUGUUCAUAUUUAGUCACCUAGGGAAACAACGACGGAGUAAAACAAACAUAAAAAUUAUAAAGGGUUAUUACUUUGAAAAACAGCAUUUCCGGUGUUACCAUGCAGCCGUGUUAAUGUUAAGAAAAAAAGGUGGCAAAUAACUUACAAUUUUAGGUAUUUUUUUAUAUAAUGUUUUUUUUUUACAGUCUUCAGGUGCCUCGUGCAAGAGGCCGGGAUAUAGCGGCUCAGACAAACAGCUCUGACCUCUACCACUGUUUACAGAUAUACUGUAUGUGUAAUGACUCUGCAAGUGCGUGCACAGCCUCAGUACCCCUCCCCCUUCCCGUGGUAUGGCCCCUGCCCCAGUCUGAUGGCGCCGGUCGGCCAGGGACGUUUGCAUACUUUGAGGUCCUAAUUAUGGUGCUUAAUCCUUCACUUCUUGUCAUGUGAUCUUCCUCAAUAUACUGUCUCUGCAGCCGAGGUCCGCCAUUACAACUGGGGAGCAAGCCGACCACGUCUAAUUACCUUGUGUGUGUUUGUAUAUAUAUGCAUAUACAUCCAUUUAUAUAUACACCCACCCACACACCUAUAUAUUAUUGGUUUUAUCCAUGCACAGUUGUAAGUGUCCACAUUGGACCUUGUUGCCAUGAUAACUAUGUUUCAGGCAUUUCUCCCCCACAUUUCUGUGGGGGGGACUCUGGGGCAUCUGCCGGUGACUAUCUGAGCAGGGGGCUUCCAUCUGACCUGGUCAGAAGUAGACACUUGGUAUGUGCGUGCACUUGUAGAGGCAAUGUAUACAACUCAUGGUACUACUUACUACUACUGUACAACGUCCUCACGUGGUGCUUUCCAGCAGGGGGAUGAGUAAAAACAUCGGCUCCCACUGUGCCUUACUGAGACGCUGUGCAGGGAACUUGUCACCCUCUAGCCACGGGGGGAAAUUUGGCGCUUCCUGGACAUUUGAUCGCGGUGCUUGCCACGUGGCGCGGUGCUUCUGUCUUAGAUAUGUGCCUAACAUACAGGUAUCACAGUGGCGUCAACGUGCCAGACCAGAACAGUGAUCUGUCCCAAUCCGACCAUUCGUAUGGUCAUUUGCAGGGCCGAGUGCGAGGGCCGAUUCCCCCAACAUGGCGCAAGAUCUCAUUCACGCUCUAGAACCUAGAGUGCCUUACUGCACUGUGUGUGGGCAAUUGUAUUUCCCUCUGGCCUCGUGACCCCAUCUCCCCGUUAGAGUCAAUGGCGAAUGGAACAUGGAGAUGCAUACAUAUAUAAGUACAGGACACGAGGGACAAAGGUAAUGGAGAGCCUUGUCUUAGACAUCUACAUCAGCCAGAUGAAACCACUCUUAGUAGUGGUGGGUGCAUAACGCAGAUGUUUAGUCCUCCUUGAGCCACCCCUAUGUGGCAGGCUUCUGUAGGUCCUAGCUAAGGACUGGUGCUAUCCCACAGUAAGGUAUGCUAGUCACCCACACCCAGUGGAGGCCUCCAUGUUUAGGAACCAGUCUCAGGCUUCCUCGUGAACCAGUGAGAUGCAUUGAAUCAUGAAUAUUGCCUCCACUUUGUGUCGGUGACAUUUACUCCAUAGCCUUUGGCUCCGACCAGAUCCAUGGUGUGAGCAAGCGCUCUAUACGGUGCCUUAUUGCCAACAUCCUUACGUAUAAUCGGCACCAACAUUACUCACCGGUAACGUUCCUUCUGAAGCAGAAGGUUCCAGACGUGGUCUGGUCUGCUGCCAAGCCAACGCAGUGGUUACACAUAUGCCAAUAACCCCCAGGCCUCCACCCUGCCCCGUCUCACAGAGCUAUGCAAUAGAAGCAGACGUUGCGUCCCAAGGCUCCAGAUCACGUUGGUGCAACCUCCCAUCAGCCCUGCCGCUUCCCCAGGCCCGUUACAUCUCUCCCGAAUGGAGAACGUGAAAUUUCCAGAAUUACACGCUCCAAGGGCCAACACUGGUGCUUACUGUCUAGAUCUCUACACAGUUACUGUAUUAAUGGGGAAACAUGCCCCCAUUGAGUGCUAAAUCUUACUGGAGCUUCCAAUGGAGCAACUCAGGCAAGGCGGCCCCAUGCUUCUCCGGUGGGAGGAAGAGCAAUGUUUUUACUCAUCCCCAACAACAAACAAUAUCAGCGUCGUUUUUUAUAUGUCUAUUUAUAAACAAGGUAUUUAACCAAACCUGACCCCCCUCAGCUGUGACAUCAGAGGGGGUUUUAUUAUUUCACAACUGUUUGAAAUCUGUAAAACUGGGAUUACGUUGAGUUAUGGAGAACGGGAGGGGGCGGGCUGUCCUCUCCCGGUGUAAGAGAUGGGGGGGCUCCAAAGCCUCCUCUGAUAUUUUCUAGUAUAUAACCUCUUGAGUCUGCUUACAAUAACCUUGACUAUCACAAGUGUUUUUGUGUUGUAUGGGGGCCGACACCCCCCUGUCCUCUAAUCCUUUGUAUCUGAUGUGAACAUAAUAUUUUUGAUUUUGUGUCCAAAGUACUUGAUGAAGACGGGGCUGUGCUGUAUCACUUAGACCGAAAUGUAAAUACAACUUUGUAACUGUGCCCACCUCCUCGUCAUUGUACUGUACGCCACAUGACCUCAAGUGGCUGUCGUCAUGUCCCAGGCCCGCUGUCCAGGCGGUGUACAGAUCACUUCCGCCGGUCAAGCCCGCUGUAGCGGUAUUGCCAGGCACAGACCUAAAGGCACUGUGUUUCUCGCGCCAGAACAUCUCGGUAUGUCAUUUUCUACCAGAGCAGCUUUGGAAUAAUGGGCAACUGAUAAGCUAUUCCCAGUAAAAGUGAAUAUUUUAUAAUGCACACGACGCAAAGUGUCCAGCUUAGGCCGUUCUACCAUGGAUAGUGGCCAUUUAUGCUCCAGCUUGUGUUUAGCGCUGCGGGUUCUAGAGUCUAGCUGGCUCAGUCUUUGGAGUUGCCCCAUCUGUCUCCGUCCCCAUACAUCACUCUCUCUCUGCGCUCUUCACUGGAGCUGAGGUGUCUCCUCUUGGCCCGGCUGGGACAGUAAUAGGUAGGUUGACCUAGAAUCUGUAGCUAUAGACUGAAGCAGUGUUCUUAGUAAAACUCACCAUGUCCCUGGGGUUAGUUGAAAUAAAUACCAGUUAUUACAAAGCCGACAUCUCCUGUAAUGCUUUGUUCUUUGAGAUCAGACCCUCUGGCUCUUCCGAAUGAUGAGUAUCUGAUAGAUAGCAUUCUGUUGAGCGGUUAUCUCCAGUUGUUCAUCUCUGAAGGUCAACACAGCCUAACGACGAACAAUUGGUGUAGUUGCUGAGGAUCUUUUAAUGACUUUAGUGUAUUUUGAGGUUGCCGAAUUCAAAAAUAAAAGUAGUUUUUUCUUAUUGGCUCUAGUUCUUGAGAUAAAAGCUACAGUCAAUGAAUAGGGAACUUGACCUUAACCCAUGCAUAUGGGAAUCUAUCAGAACAUUCUAGAAGGUGAGAUGCAAAUAUUCUAGAUGUUCAGUCUAUAAUCAUUCUAGAAUAUUACCCCUCCGUGAUCGGCCACUGGCAGUUGAGCGAUUUGCGUUGUCUGUUGUCCUUUUCUUGUUUCUCAUCCGCGUAUCUCAAAGAUUUGAGCCAAUCUAGCAAAACCAGAAUGGGCACCACAAAGUUACACUAACAUCGCUCCAUAUGACAAGGACUGUAAUGAUGAGUGAGGUAGAUUAGAGAGCCAUCCUGGGCUAUUAAAUUUAAGAAGAAGCCCAAUUCCCCACCUCCGUAAGUGGAGAUGGUUCACCCAUCCGUAAGGUCAGACUGGAGCAGUAGAGGGAGUGGAAAACUUCUGGCCAAUACCAGUAUGCAUAAUGCUGCUAUCUGAUUGGAUGGCAGUCAUGCAGCCUUCCUGAUCCUCUACUCCUCUGUAGAUAAGUGUCCGUUUCUGGUGUUCGGUCCCAUUCCAUAGAUAGAUCAAUGAAUUGCAAUAUAACUAAUGAGACAGAAUUCUUUAACCUUUACACUGGGCCCCGAAGAGGAAAUCAUGUUGGACCUUAUAUUGUGCUCCCGGCAGGUCUCUGUGAUCACGCCUUUAGUACAUAUUGUCCCUGGUGCACGGUUACUGAAUGCGGAGCACUUGAUGCUCCCAUAUCCUUUCUCUCCUCAAACACGUAUGCAAAAGAUUUGUAGAUCAAGUUCAACAAACGUCCUCACAUUAAGGGUCCUUCAUGCUAUAACUCCCAGCUACCCCACCGUGGUCUGCCAUCCCAUGUUGUGGUCUCCUGAGGGGGAUGCGACCCAUAAUUUGGUCUGUAUACCAAGAUAAGUGGCGUAGGAGUUACAUGACACACAGCAUGGGGGCGCACUAUUUAGGAACGCAUAUAAUCAGCACAAGCUUACACCAGUCCCCUAAGGAAUCACCCUCUGGUAUGUAUCCUACAAGUCCAGGCAUUUGGCUUGGUGUAACCUGCUCUGGCCAGUGCGAGGUUAUUACAGAAUGCUCUUAACCUAAUUGCACAUACAGUAAAUACACCAUUAUGGAAUGAAUACACAUACAUGGAAUCUCUUAAAAGCAGCGGUGACCAGUGCGUACAGAGAGGCACGCGUGGUCCGUGGUCGGAUCACCAUCACUGUUAUGGGUCUAUUACUUUCAUAGUGGAUCCAGAGAUGAUAAAUAACUUCUAUAUUGCAGCACCGUGCAGCUGAGACAGAACUUUAAAAAGUACCCCCCCUUUAAUAAAGCCAAAGUUUUAAAAAAGGGUCCUGUCAACGUCCCUCCGAAUCUGUUACCCCUUGUCAAGGUGCCCAGCUCAAACGUUGGGAUGGCUCUGGCUAGACUCCCGUGGGCCCACAGUCUUAUACUGAUAGAUGGGACUGGCUGCCAGAGUAGGUAUUAUGUAAGUAAUGUGACUUGUGAAUCAUGAUGGUAUAUGCUAGCGCCAUAUAAAUAAAUGUUCCUAAUAGUAGAGAAUUUUGAAACUGUAUUUCCAUAUUGGAUAAGCAUCGGUCGCUCGCACUGUGCGGGCACCCAGUAAUAAGGCGGGCACCCUGUAAUAAGGCUCCCCAUACACACAGAUAGUCUAGACCCCUGUAAUAAGGCUCCCCAUACACAUAGAUAGUCUAGACACCCUGUAAUAAGGCUCCCCAUACACAUAGAUAGUCUAGACCCCCUGUAAUAAGGCUCCCCAUACACAUAGUCUAGACAGCCUGUAAUAAGGCUCCCCAUACACAUAGUCAAGACACCCUGUAAUAAGGCUCCCCAUACACAUAGAUAGUCUAGACCCCCUGUAAUAAGGCUCCCCAUACACAGAUAGUCUAGACACCCUGUAAUAAGGCUCCCCAUACACAUAGAUAGUCUAGACCCCCCUGUAAUAAGGCUCCCCAUACACAUAGUCUAGACACCCUGUAAUAAGGCUCCCCAUACACAUAGUUAGUCUAGACACCCUGUAAUAAGGCUCCCCAUACACAUAGAUAGUCUAGACACCCUGUAAUAAGGCUCCCCAUACACAUAGUUAGUCUAGACACCCUGUAAUAAGGCUCCCCAUACACAUAGUUAGUCUAGACACCCUGUAAUAAGGCUCCCCAUACACAUAGAUAGUCUAGACACCCUGUAAUAAGGCUCCCCAUACACAUAGAUAGUCUAGACACCCUGUAAUAAGGCUCCCCAUACACAUAGUUAGUCUAGACACCCUGUAAUAAGGCUCCCCAUACACAUAGUCUAGACACCCUGUAAUAAGGCUCCCCAUACACAUAGUUAGUCUAGACACCCUGUAAUAAGGCUCCCCAUACACAUAGAUAGUCUAGACACCCUGUAAUAAGGCUCCCCAUACACAUAGUCUAGACCCCCCUGUAAUAAGGCUCCCCAUACACAUAGUCUAGACCCCCCUGUAAUAAGGCUCCCCAUACACAUAGUUAGUCUAGACCCCCCUGUAAUAAGGCUCCCCAUACACAUAGAUAGUCUAGACACCCUGUAAUAAGGCUCCCCAUACACAUAGAUAGUCUAGACACCCUGUAAUAAGGCUCCCCAUACACAUAGAUAGUCUAGACACCCUGUAAUAAGGCUCCCCAUACACAUAGUCUAGAUUUCUAUGUGGGGGGUUCCAACAACCCCCCACAUACAAAUGUAGGGGGUUGUUGGAAAAAUAAGUGUAUAUUAAAUGAAAUUUAUAUCUAGCAUAUUUACUGACCGUCCGGAGGUUUCACCUCAGUGAUUUUGGAGACUUCCUCUCCAGUCACUGCAGUAGAAGAGGAAGCCAUGGAAGGUGCAUCACAGGCAUUAUGAAUAUAUAGGGUAUAAAUAUAUUGUUCGUUGGCGGCUGUCUUAAGUAGAGUAUACACAGAACCCUAAAUCAGAUUAUCUAUGGAGUUGUCUGUAGAGAUCAGACAUUGCUGCCCAAUCCCCUCAGUGUCUGCCUGCACGCAUAUUAGCUCCGAGUCGUUAUAUAGAGAUACUUACCACAGGCACAGCCAUUGCACUGGAGUGAUGGGGGCAUUUACUCAACGUUUACUGAUCCCUGGCAUCAUCCAGUGUCCCUGUCCUCUACACAUAACUGUGCGUCACUGAGUCACCUGACCUGUCCCCACACACCUCUACACAUAACUGUGUCACUGAGUCACCUGACCUGUCCCCACACACCUCUACACAUAACUGUGCGUCACUGAGUCACCUGACCUGUCCCCACACACUUCUACACAUAACUGUGCGUCACUGAGUCACCUGACCAGUCCCCACACACCGCUACACAUAACUGUGCGUCACUGAGUCACCUGACCUGUCCCCACACACCUCUACACAUAACUGUGCGUCACUGAGUCACCUGACCUGUCCCCACACACCUCUACACAUAACUGUGCGUCACUGAGUCACCCUGACCUGUCCCCACACACCUCUACACAUAACUGUGCGUCACUGAGUCACCUGACCUGUCCCCACACACCUCUACACAUAACUGCGUCACUGAGUCACCCUGACCUGUCCCCACACACCUCUACACAUAACUGUGCGUCACUGAGUCACCUGACCUGUCCCCACACACCUCUACACAUAACUGUGCGUCACUGAGUCACCUGACCUGUCCCCACACACCUCUACACAUAACUGUGCGUCACUGAGUCACCUGACCUGUCCCCACACACCUCUACACAUAACUGUGCGUCACUGAGUCACCCUGACCUGUCCCCACACACCUCUACACAUAACUGUGCGUCACUGAGUCACCUGACCUGUCCCCACACACCUCUACACAUAACUGCGUCACUGAGUCACCCUGACCUGUCCCCACACACCUCUACACAUAACUGUGCGUCACUGAGUCACCUGACCUGUCCCCACACACCUCUACACAUAACUGCGUCACUGAGUCACCCUGACCUGUCCCCACACACCUCUACACAUAACUGUGCGUCACUGAGUCACCUGACCUGUCCCCACACACCUCUACACAUAACUGCGUCACUGAGUCACCCUGACCUGUCCCCACACACCUCUACACAUAACUGUGCGUCACUGAGUCACCUGACCUGUCCCCACACACCUCUACACAUAACUGCGUCACUGAGUCGCACUGACCUGUCCCCACACACCUACACAUAACUGUGCGUCACUGAGUCACCUGACCUGUCCCCACACACCUCUACACAUAACUGCGUCACUGAGUCACCCUGACCUGUCCCCACACACCUCUACACAUAACUGCGUCACUGAGUCACCCUGACCUGUCCCCGCACACACCUCUACACAUAACUGCGUCACUGAGUCACCCUGACCUGUCCCCACACACCUCUACACAUAACUGUGCAUCACUGAGUCAACUGACCUGUCCCCACACACACACCUCUACACAUAACUGUGUGUCACUGAGUAACCCUGACCUAUCCCCACACACACCUCUACACAUAACUGAGUCACCCUGACCUGUCCUUCCACACACCUCUACACAUAACUGUGCGUCACUGAGUCACCUGACCUGUCCCCACACACACCUCUACACAUAACUAUGCGUCACUGAGUCACCUGACCUGCCCCACACACACCUCUACACAUAACUGAGUCACCCUGACCUGUCCCCACACACCUCUACACAUAACUGUGUAACUGUGCGUCACUGAGUCGCCCUGACCUGUCCCCACACACACCUCUACACAUAACUGCGUCACCCUGACCUGUCCCCACACACACCUCUACACAUAACUGCGUCACUGAGUCACCCUGACCUGUCCCCGCACACACCUCUACACAUAACUGUGCGUCACUGAGUCGCCCUGACCUGUCCCCCCCCACACACCUCUACACAUAACUGUGCAUCACUGAGUCGCCCUGACCUGUACCUACACAUAACUGCGUCACUGAGUCGCCCUGACCUGUCCCCGCACACACCUCUACACAUAACUGUGCUUCACUGAGUCGCCCUGACCAGUCCCCGCACACACCUCUACACAUAACUGCGUCACUGAGUCGCACUGACCUGUCUCCGCACACACCUCUACACAUAACUGUGCGUCACUGAGUCGCCCUGACCUGUCCUCCCACACACCUCUACACAUAACUGUGCGUCACUGAGUUGCCCUGACCUGUCCCCACACACACACCUCUACACAUAACUGUGUCACUGAGUCACCCUGACCUGUCCCCACACACACACCUCUACACAUAACUGCAUCACUGAGUCGCCCUGACCUGUCCCUACACAUAACUCCGUCACUGAGUCGCCCUGACCUGUCUCCGCACACACCUCUACACAUAACUGUGCAUCACUGAGUCGCGCUGACCUGUCCCCGCACACACCUCUACACAUAACUGCGUCACUGAGUCGCCCUGACCUGUCCCCGCACACACCUCUACAAAUAACUGCGACACUGAGUCGCCCUGACCUGUCCCCACACACACCUCUACACAUAACUGUGCGUCGCUGAGUCGCCCUGACCUGUCCCCACACACACCUCUACACACAACUGUGCGUCAUUGAGUCGCCCUGACCUGUCCCUACACAUAACUGCGUCACUGAGUCGCCCUGACCUGUCCCCGCACACACCUCUACACAUAACUGCGUCACUGAGUCGCCCUGACCUGUCCCCGCACACACCUCUACACAUAACUGCGACACUGAGUCGCCCUGACCUGUCCCCACACACACCUCUACACAUAACUGCAUCACUGAGUCGCCCUGACCUGUCCCCACACAUAACUGCGUCACUGAGUCGCCCUGACCUGUCCCCGCACACACCUCUACACAUAACUGUGCGUCACUGAGUCACACUGACCUGUCCUCACACACACCUCUACACAUAACUGCGUCACUGAGUCGCACUGACCUGUCCCCGCACACACCUCUACACAUAACUGUGCGUCACUGAGUCGCCCUGACCUGUCUCGCACAUACCUCUACACAUAUCUGUGCGUCACUGAGUCGCACUGACUUGUGCCCGCACACACCUCUACACAUAACUCUGCGUCACUGAGUCGCCCUGACCAGUCCCCCCACACACCUCUACACAUAACUGUGUGUCAUUGAGUCACCCUGACCUGUCCCCACACCUCUACACAUUACUGUGUGUCACUGAGUCACUCUGGCCUGUCCCCACACACACCUCUACACAUAACUGUGCAUCACUGAGUCGCCCUGACCUGUACCUACACAUAACUGAGUCGCCCUGACCUGUCCCCGCACACACCUCUACACAUAACUGUGCGUCACUGAGUCGCCCUGACCCGUCCCCGCACACACCUCUACACAUAACUGUGUGUCAUUGAGUCACUCUGGCCUGUCCCCACACACACACACACACACCUCUACACAUAACUGUGCAUCACUGAGUCGCCCUGACCUGUACCUACACAUAACUGCGUCACUGAGUCGCCCUGACCUGUCCCCGCACACACCUCUACACAUAACUGUGCGUCACUGAGUCGCCCUGACCAGUCCCCGCACACACCUCUACACAUAACUGUGCGUCACUGAGUCGCACUGACCUGUCUCCGCACACACCUCUACACAUAACUGUGCGUCACUGAGUCGCCCUGACCUGUCCUCCCACACACCUCUACACAUAACUGUGCGUCACUGAGUUGCCCUGACCUGUCCCCACACACACACACACACCUCUACACAUAACUGUGUGUCACUGAGUCACCCUGACCUGUCCCCACACACACACCUCUACACAUAACUGUGCGUCACUGAGUCGCCCUGACCUGUCCCCACACACACCUCUACACAUAACUGAGUCGCCCUGACCUGUCCCCGCACACACCUCUACACAUAACUGCGACACUGAGUCGCCCUGACCUGUCCCCACACACACCUCUACACAUAACUGUGUGUCAUUGAGUCACCCUGACCUGUCCCCACACCUCUACACAUUACUGUGUGUCACUGAGUCACUCUGGCCUGUCCCCACACACACCUCUACACAUAACUGUGCAUCACUGAGUCGCCCUGACCUGUACCUACACAUAACUGCGUCACUGAGUCGCCCUGACCUGUCCCCGCACACACCUCUACACAUAACUGUGCGUCACUGAGUCGCCCUGACCAGUCCCCGCACACACCUCUACACAUAACUGUGCGUCACUGAGUCGCCCUGACCUGUCCCCGCACACACCUCUACACAUAACUGUGCGUCACUGAGUCGCCCUGACCUGUCCCCACACACACACCUCUACACAUAACUGUGCGUCACUGAGUCGCCCUGACCUGUCCCUACACAUAACUGCGUCACUGAGUCGCCCUGACCUGUCCCCGCACACACCUCUACACAUAACUGCGACACUGAGUCGCCCUGACCUGUCCCCACACACACCUCUACACAUAACUGCAUCACUGAGUCGCCAUGACCUGUCCCUACACAUAACUGCGUCACUGAGUCGCCCUGACCUGUCCCCGCACACACCUCUACACAUAACUGUGCGUCACUGAGUCGCCCUGACCUGUCCCCGCACACACACCUCUACACAUAACUGUGCGUCACUGAGUCGCCCUGACCUGUCCCCGCACACACACCUCUACACAUAACUGCGUCACUGAGUCGCCCUAACCUGUCCCCGCACACACCUCUGCACAUAACUGCGACACUGAGUCGCCCUGACCUGGCCCCACACACACCUAUACACAUAACUGCAUCACUGAGUCGCCCUGACCUGUCCCUACACAUAACUGCGUCACUGAGUCGCCCUGACCUGUCCCCGCACACACCUCUACACAUAACUGUGCGUCACUGAGUCGCCCUGACCAGUCCCCGCACACACACCUCUACACAUAACUGCGUCACUGAGUCGCCCUAACCUGUCCCCGCACACACCUCUGCACAUAACUGCGACACUGAGUCGCCCUGACCUGGCCCCACACACACCUAUACACAUAACUGCAUCACUGAGUCGCCCUGACCUGUCCCCGCACACACCUGUACACAACUGCGUCACUGUGUCGCCCUGACCUGUCCCCACACACACAUUCACACUGACAUGGGAGAGCAGAAAAGUAUACACCCCGGCUCCAUGCCCUGCAGCCAAAGCCCGGACGUUGUUGUUAUCUGCCAUUUGACAACUCUAAGCAAUGUAGGCUGGGUAUACGGGAUACGUCUCUGCAGAGAUGACAAGACGACGGCCCUGAUUCAAAGGAAAGAGCAUUUUGUAAUAUUCUUAACUAAACAAAUGCGACACCUUCAGUGGCAGAUGCCGGAUCUCCACCCACUUACAGUUUGUGUGGCCUGCCCAUGAAGGGGCCGAAUUAGCACUUAGCUAUAGCUCGUAUGCUGCACUGACUGAGCACAUGGUAGGAGGAGUUGCUGUCACUGCGUAUGCGCAGCACCUCAGCUCCAUCCCUUACACUGCAUGUUGUGCCCUCAAACCAUAGUAUACAAUAUAGCUCUUGUGAUCAUGGUUUCAACGGCUGCCCUAGAGGGGAGUUUCUGGGCCACUGGAAACCCUCCCCCGGGUUUGCCUAUAACCUUAGCAAUAUGUCAGUAACGGGCUAGCAGCUCAGUUACCCAGUCAGUCAUCACUGUACGGGGGCCAGUUACAGCCUAAUGGCUUCAAUCUUCCAACUCCUUGCCCCAUAAUACAAUUGGCGGGGAGGGGGAGGUGAUGCAGUCUGUCCUUCCGUGGCCCCACCCCCGCUCUGCUCCCUGAAGCCCCAGCGUCACUGUGAGUGCUGGACGUCCAUUUGUGGAAUUCCAGAUUUUGAGGACUUGAUUUGGCAAUCAUGUUACAUACAGAGGGGCUGAUUCAGUUACACGCAAGUGCACCAACAUCACUCAAAGAAACGCGGCCUAUAAACCCGCUUGCAGAGUAGUGGACCUCCAUAUUGCAUUGUCCCUGUCCAUCUGCUUGGGAAAGUAGUCCUCAUCACUAUGCGGCCAAGAGAGCCAUCUGAAAUAUUACUUAUCUCUGUGUAUGUAGAUUUUGACGAAGUUCAGGCUACAUGUCCCCUGCCCGUGGCCGAGAUGCCACACCCCUGCCCGUGGCCGAGAUGCCACACCCCUGCCCGUGCCGAGAUGCCACACCCCUGCCCGUGGCCGAGAUGCCACACCCCUGCCCAUGGCUGAGAUGCCACACUCCUGCCCAGGACUGCCAUCAGAAAUUGUGGGGCUCGGGACUGACAAAAUAGACAGGGCCGCACCACCAAAAAAAAAAAAACAGUAUUCUGUCACACUGCUCCACCCCAGGAAAGGCUUCUUUUAAGUCCACCAUGCGCAUCAGCCCAUUGUUAUUGUGCAGCUCUACAGGUAUUGGCGGCAGGAGCCAGUGGUGGGCCCCCUUUCAAUAAGGGCCUGGGACUCCAGUCACCGCAGUCCCACCCUGAUGGCUGCCUUGCCCGUGGCUGAGAUGCCACACCCCUGCCCAUGGCUGAGAUGCCACACCCCUUCCCGUGGCCAAGAUGCCACACCCCUGCCCGUGGCUGUGAUGUGUACAGUUGCGUACAAGAGGCGUGCGCAGCGCUACAAACCGCCAGAUGUAGCUAACAGAAUAGCUGGCUGGUCGCUGCGGUUCAGUACAAAAUUUAGCAUAAUGCAGUGUUAGUAAAUAAGCCUUUGAUGUCCAUAAUAUAGUUGUCGUUCUAACGUGACGCAGUAGCAACUAUAGGUUCUGGCAUCCCCUGUAUUGCUGCAACAGUAUAAAAAGUUAUUUUAAUGUAGAUAAAGCAAUGUUCCGGUUCUGUUACGAACGGAACAGUCUGCACAGGUCGUCUGCGACCGUCCGGAUUCUGAGAUAAUUUCUCUCCAUUUCACUAUACUGAAACUCAGACCAAAAAGUUGCCCCUUAUUCACUGCGAGAUAAACACACAAACUAAUGACCUCUAUACCCAAGAGCUUACGUUCAGCAAACGUGUAUUCUAAAGGUGCUGGGAAAAUUCUCUCUCUUUGUAUAGAAUGUCACAUACUACACUUCAAUUCUUAUUUUUUUUUUUUUGGCACAGCCCUAAGAGAAAUCGAAAACCUAAAAAAUAGAAACAAAAAAAAAAAUCUAUUAAAAAAAAUUAAAAAUGCCUGAAUUCCUUAAAAUAAACAGAAGGUGGGCGGCGAUUUUAAAGGUGCUAAACAUUUUAUGAAAAAUAUAUAUUGUUAAAUUAAAUCUAUCUGGUUGAUGACUGACUGUUUUUCCUUUCCAACCUUAUUUUUUAUUUUGUUUUUGUUUUAUUUUCGUUCUCUUAUUAUCGGGGGGUUGCGGGAGGAUGGGGAUUCUUGGAGUGCUCCGUGAAAGCACUGUUAUUUUACUCUUCUAUAUUAUUAUUAUUAUUACGGAAACAAACAAACAAAAAAUGAAAUAAAAAACAUUAAAAAGGCAUUUUAACUUUGUACUUGAAAUAAAUACAUAAGAAAAAAAUAAAAAAAAUAAAAAAAAAACGCAAGCAGAAGAUUUGAUGUGUUUUAGCCUAGACAUUGGAAUAGUUGGUGCUUUAACUCUUUGUGACAAUGAUGUAUACUGAAUUGAAGAUUAAACUAUGUAGAGGAUUUGAUAACUUUUACUGUUACAUAUGACAAUUGUAUCAUGUUUUGCUCAUCAUGUCCCCACAUUCCGUGCCCAGCUAGCUUACGUCUUCUUCCCUUUGUCAUAAGAUGUCCUAUCCAUCCCUGUGACCUCCUGUUCUCGGUUACGACUGUGAGCUCUAUGUGCGAGUUCGUGCUCGCUCAGCAAUUUGCUUGGCAAGUGGCGUCACCAAAAAAAAAAGAGGAAAAGGAAAAUAAUGAAACCGUGGUAGCGUGGCUGGAGAUAAGAGCUGUCUCUCGUGUGUUGCCGGGCAGCUGGGUAUCCCACAUGUGGAACUCAAAGUGACCAUGGUCCGUUAUCUCCCAACUGCUAUUAAUUUAAAGCUACUGGUUUACAGCAACAUUUGCUUUAGCACUUGCCAGGUGACCCUGGCCGUGACGCAGGUGGAGAUCCACUGUCCCCAUGGGAUCCGGUCUGAAGAUCGACAGUGUCUAGGUUGACAAUGUUUAGGUCGACAGGGUUUCUAGGUCGACAGGUCAAAAGGUCGACAUGAGUUUUUCAAAUUUUUUGAACUUUUUCAUACUUAACGAUCCACACGGACUAUGAUUGGGAAUAGUAACCUGUGCAGCGGUAGCGGAGCGAGGCACCUUGCCCGAAGCAUGGCGAGCGAACACGGUGCACUAAUUGGGCUUCCCAGUCACUGUACGGAGAAAACGACACAAAAAAAACCAUGAAAAACUCAUGUCGACCUUUGGACCUGUCGACCUAGAAGAUGUUGACCUAGAAACCCUGUCGACCUAGUGACUGUCGACCUAUAGCGGUUGACCUAAACAUUGUCAACCUAGACACUGUCGAUCUAAUGAACCACACCCGUCCCCAUUGUGUAACACUUUGGUUAAUGUGUCUCUGGAAGUCAUGCUUUGUAAUGAUGGCUUUAAUGACGUCAGUAUAGUAGUGACUGAAGUACUUGUCUAAGUGUGGUGCCUACAGAUUUAGUGCCCAGCCUCUGGAGGUUCUGUAGAUCUUAGGGGGCAAAUGACUCCAGAGGUUUGAAAGCGCCCAUGAAUUUGUCCUUCUCCGGUAGACUUGCCAAAGGACCACACCCCGGGCUCCAGUCCAUGUCUUGUAAGCCACAUUGGCAAUUCCAGCUCUGCCACAGAUGUUGUGACAUCCCACGUGGAGCUCUGGUUGGGGUCCCUCAGAAGCUGAGCCGACAGGAGUGUCCGUGGCAUGGUGACUGUGUCAUACCCCUCAGAUAACUGCUUUUCGUUCCUUUAUUAAGGAGAUGCUUCUGUCAUUGAAUGGUGUUAGCCCUUGUUUUGUUCUAGAACUGCUAUUUAUUGACAGUAAUAAUGUACAUUUCACCAAAUGAUUGCUGGAAGGAAGAAGCGCAGGUGGAGAGAGAAGAACCUGGAAGGCGUUAGUGGGGAUGUUUAGGGUUUUUUUGUUACUUAGGGGUAUGUUUUAGAGAAACGAGCCCUCUUCUGUUGACAUUCUGUUGUAUCUCUAUGUAAUUGAUGCUUGUGGCAUAACUGUAUAUGAACGAUUGAGGGGGCUCUGCCUGCCGCAGGUGGUCCCGUCUGUAUCGUCACCUCAUUAUUAUUUUUGUGCCCAGAAAAAUAAAAGAGAUAUAAAACAUUUGAA